AUGGGUUCUAACGAUUUCACGCCGCGCCUUCUGCCGUAUGCCCUGGACCAGGAGGCACUCUCCAACCCAGAACGCCUCUUCUGCGUCCACUCGGUAUCUCUCAAGAGUUUGCGCUCCGGGUGGCGUCGAGUGACAGUUGGCGGCUUGGCCCACGCAGUAAACAAUUUCGCGUGGUGGCUUGAAGAGACAGUUUCGUCCAGCGCAACACCCGAGAGGCUCGUUUAUAUCGGGCCAAACGAUAUCCGCUACGCUAUAGCUGUUCUUGCGUGUAUGAAGCUGGGCCACUGUCUCCUUAUUCUGUCCCCCAACACGGCUCCCUCCGUGAUUGACCAUCUUCUCACGUCUGGGAAUUGCUCCAAGCUGCUGUUCGCCCGUGAGCUUAUGGACCAAGCUCAAGGUAUAAGCAAGUCAAAUAAGAAUCUUCAGACAUGGGAAGUCUCGGAUCUCUGGGAAAUGUUCAAAGGUCCAACCAAGCCAUUUCCCUAUUCCGACGAAUAUACCCUGGCCAGGGAGCAGCAACCGGCUGUCGUACUUUACAGCUCAGGGACCACAGGGGCACCGAAAGAGAUAGUUAUGCCACAUGGAUACUUUAGUGCAUUGGACUAUUUCAACCGUAUUUCGUUGCCUCUGGGGAGAAAGCCGACAACUCCUGGGUUCAAUCACCCCAAUGACCCCCUUCUGGUAAAGACCAAUAUGUACCACGCGACUGGCAUUCUAGCAUGGGUAGCUGCACUCUUCCAUCACACGCAUUUCGUUAUAGGCCCAGAUGCACCAUUAACUGCGGCCACAUUGAAGGCGAUUGUGUCCGAGACAGGUGCAAAGUCAGGCCUGUUUCUACCCGACAUGCUAACAAGAUUGAGUGCUUCGACGGAUGGAAUAGAGUCCCUGGGAGGCCUGGAGUCCAUAAGCUUCGUGGGCAUGCCUUUGCCAUCGAGCGUUGGUGAUAAAGUCGCACGCGUUACGCGUUUGCAAACAUGUAUCGGGCUGACCGAGGAAGGCUAUUUCCAUACCAUACAACCUAGAGACUGCAAGGACUGGGAAUACGUGGAAUGGAACUGCCAUCAUCCGAUACAGAUGCGGGACCACCCCAGUGGGCACUCCGAGCUGGUCAUCCCACGCCCACCAGGCCGCUAUACGCAUGCUCUCUUCUUCGUUCUCCCCGAUCAACAAGAGUUUUACACGGGGGAUCUGUAUACCCAGCACCCCGAGAACAAGGGCCUUUGGAAGCAUGUUGGCCGCACGGACGACGUGUCCAAGCUACAAAACCGGGUGUUUCUCCACCCAACUCCUAUUGAGAGAGCUCUCCAAGAGCACGAGUUAGUCUCCAGGGCUGUGAUGACACCCGACCCUGCCCUUCGUGUGAUGCUCAUUAUAGACCCGAACUGGACCAUGGUGAGAGAGCUGUCGCCCAAAGAGAUCAUCGACAGGCUCUGGCCCUUGGUGGAAAGGCUCAACGGCGGCCUCCCUGAGGAGGCUCGAAUGGCAAGGACUCGGAUUGUGAUUGCGCCUGUCGACAAGCCCUUCAGGACAACGGCAAAGGGGACUGUCCAGCGUCGUUAUGUGCUGGAUGACUUUGCAGAGGAAAUAGAAGCCGACUUGCACAAUCCUAUACCGCCACUUUCUAAACAUAAAUGGCCGAGACCUGAUGCUUCACUUCUACAAGGCAGCCCUUCAAGCACCAUCUGGGUAGUCUCACUUGUUCUUUUUCUAGUCUAUGCCUACGGCGGCGAGGUCCUGUGGAGAUACAGCGCUGGGUAG